AUGAAUUAUGUAUCCUGUAAAAGUUCAGAACUACCUUUCGCAGAAAACUAUAAAAUUAAAAUGGUUCAACGCAUUUAUCGGAGUACAAGACAACAAAGACAGAAAUGGGUAGAAGAAGCUCAUUAUAAUCUUUUUAACCUUCGAAGUGACCAAGUUUUCAUCGAUUUGCUAACAGACAGUGGAACUGGGUCAAUGAGCGACACUCAGUGGGCAGCAAUGAUGAUAGGAGACGAAAGUUAUGCAGGUUCUGAUUCUUAUCAUGUAUUACAUCAGGUGGUCAGUAAUAUAUUUGGUUUUGAUUAUGUACUACCAACUCACCAGGGUCGAGCUGCUGAAAAUGUUUUGUUUUCAGUUCUAGUAAAAUCAGGAGACUUUGUGCCAGGUAACUCUUUUUUCGACACUACAAGGGGUCACAUUGAAUACCGUAAUGGCAAAGCAGUUGAUUGUACAAUUAGUGAAGCUUUUAAUACAACUAUCGAACAUCCAUUUAAAGGCAAUAUUGAUUUGAAGAAGUUAGAGACAGUUAUGUCUAUGUAUUCCAAGAAACAUAUACCGAUGAUUAUUGUAACAAUUACCUGCAAUACACUGGGCGGACAACCAGUGUCGAUGGAAAAUUUACGCGAAGUAAAGAAGGUUGCUGAAAAAUAUGGUGUGCGUGUGAUAUAUGAUUCCUGUCGAUUUGCAGAGAAUGCUUAUUUUAUCAAGACCCGUGAAGAUGGUUAUAGAGACGUGACAAUACGAGAAAUUGUUCGAGAAAUGUUUUCUUAUGCUGACGGCAUGACAAUGAGCGGUAAAAAAGAUGGGCUUGUCAAUAUUGGUGGUUUUAUUGCACUCCGAGAGAAAUCUUUAUUUGAUGAAUGUUCCUACUUCAUUAUUAUGUUUGAAGGUUUCACUACAUAUGGAGGAAUGAGUGGGCGAGAUAUGAAUGCAAUGGCUGUUGGUCUAGAAGAAGUAACAACGUUUGAAUAUUUGGAAAACCGAAUCAAGCAAGUUGCAUUCUUGGGUAAGAAGCUCCAGGAUUAUGGUAUUCCAUUGCAAUUACCAAUUGGAGGCCAUGCUGUUUACAUUGACGCCAAGAGAUUUCUACCAAACGUACCCAAAGAAGAGUAUGUUGCUCAAACCUUAGGUGUUGAAUUAUAUGUUGAAGCUGGCGUACGAGGAGUUGAGGUUGGCACCUUAAUGGCAGACCGUGAUCCAGAAACAAAGGAGAACCGAUAUCCAGAAGUCGAAUUUUUACGAUUAGCUGUUCCUCGUCGAGUUUAUACAAAUGACCAUAUGCAUUACGUGGUUAUUGCUCUAAAAAACAUUUUUCAUCGAAGGAGAGAAAUUAUUCAUGGCUUCAGUAUAGUAAAGGAAGCUCCUAUUUUAAGACACUUUACUAUACAGCUAGAAAAAAUAUCAAGAUAA